AUGCAACGACUGCCAGCUGGAGACCUAGAGGGGCUGGAGCUGGUGGGAUCUGGAGGGUUUGGGAGAGUUUACAAAGGAAGAAGCAAGAAGCUGGGAAUGGAAAUCGCUGUGAAGAUUUUAGAUAGACACAGCUGUUUUAGUGACGAGUUUGCUAACCUUAUGAAAGAAAAAGACAUGAUGAUGAAAGCGAAUUCAGCCUAUGUUCUUCGCAUUCUCGCCAUAUACAAAAAACAGGAUAAAGAGCACAUUGAGUGCGGAUUGGUGAUGGAGUAUAUGCCUCAUGGUUCCCUCCACUCUCUUUUCAACACACUUAACGAGAUGGAAGUCCUUAUCCCAUGGGCUUUGAGAUUUCAGAUACUUCACCAGGUGGCUCUAGCGAUGAAUUUUCUCCAUGGUCUUGAUCCGGCUAUCAUUCACCGAGAUCUUAAACCCCAAAAUGUCCUGUUACGGAAGGAUUUAGAUGUUCAGCUAACAGAUUUUGGCCUUGCCAGAAAUGAAACCUCAGUUUCAACCAGUAUGGCUGGUACAGUUUCCUACAUGCCACCAGAGUCCUUUACAUGCGCUGAAUACAAGCCAAAUAAAGAAUUUGAUGUAUACAGCUUUGCCAUCUUAAUCUGGUCAACAUUGUCGAGCCAGGAACCGUAUGGCGGCACAGACAGACACAUUGUUAUGUAUAAAAUACCACAUGGUAUUCGACCUGACAUGAAGUUUGUGAACUGUUGGAAGACUGUGAAGAUGGUUCCUGAAGCCAUAGAGGUGAUGGAACAAUGCUGGCAUGGUGACGCUAGUUUACGGCCCUGUUUUGCUGAAUGUAUGGAGCGGCUAGAGAAGAUGAAGAAAGCAUAUGGUGUGGAAAUUGAGGAUGCUGUUUUUGAGGUUUUGAAUACACUUAGAGCCUAUUCUUCAUCCACUCAGAAAAAUCCGAAUGCAGAUACACCUGAUAGCGGUCACACUACUGGAAUAGGUGACUCAGACCUUGAUUCUUCGAAAAUAGAACAUUUCUUAAAGAAACUCAGUCUGGAUAAUCCAUCAGCAUUAGAUCCACUUCAGGACUCCAGGAGUUGA